UCCUAUUUCCAGAGAUUAAGUGGUGCGUUCCGCGGCGAACGGGAUCGGGGAGGCUUCGCCGCCAUUUUGUCCGUGGUUUGCGAGCGGGGCGGGCUCAGCGCUGAGGAGAGGCCGCCGCCAACAUGUAUAUCAAGCAGGUGAUCAUCCAGGGGUUCCGAAGCUACCGAGAUCAGACUAUAGUAGAUCCCUUCAGUUCAAAGCAUAAUGUCAUUGUGGGCAGAAAUGGUUCUGGAAAAAGCAACUUUUUCUAUGCAAUUCAGUUCGUUCUCAGUGAUGAAUUCAGUCAUCUUCGUCCUGAGCAAAGGUUGGCUUUGUUGCACGAAGGCACAGGUCCUCGUGUUAUUUCUGCUUUUGUGGAAAUUAUCUUUGACAACUCGGACAACAGGUUACCAAUUGAUAAAGAAGAAGUAUCUCUUCGCAGAGUCAUUGGCGCUAAAAAGGACCAGUAUUUCCUAGACAAGAAAAUGGUGACGAAAAAUGAUGUGAUGAACCUUCUUGAAAGUGCUGGAUUUUCUCGCAGCAACCCCUACUAUAUUGUCAAGCAAGGAAAGAUCAACCAGAUGGCCACAGCUCCUGACUCUCAGAGAUUAAAACUUUUAAGAGAAGUAGCUGGCACUAGGGUAUAUGAUGAACGUAAAGAAGAGAGUAUCUCCUUAAUGAAAGAAACAGAGGGAAAAAGGGAGAAAAUAAAUGAGCUGCUGAAAUAUAUAGAAGAGCGAUUACAUACUUUGGAAGAGGAGAAAGAAGAGCUUGCUCAAUAUCAAAAGUGGGAUAAAAUGAGAAGAGCACUGGAAUACACCAUUUAUAAUCAGGAACUUAACGAAACCAGGGCUAAACUUGAUGAGCUUUCUGCCAAAAGGGAAACAAGCGGAGAAAAAUCAAGGCAGUUAAGAGAUGCACAGCAGGAUGCUCGAGAUAAAAUGGAGGAAAUUGAACGGCAGGUCCGAGAACUUAAAACCAAGAUUUCGGCUAUGAAGGAAGAAAAGGAGCAGCUCAGUGCUGAAAGACAGGAACAGAUUAAACAGAGGACCAAACUAGAGCUUAAAACGAAAGACUUGCAAGAUGAACUGGCUGGAAAUAGUGAACAACGGAAAAGACUCUUGAAAGAGAGGCAGAAACUUCUUGAGAAAAUUGAAGAAAAACAGAAAGAACUAGCAGAAACAGAACCAAAGUUCAAUAGUGUAAAAGAAAAAGAGGAACGAGGAAUUGCCAGACUGGCACAGGCCACCCAGGAAAGAACAGAUCUUUAUGCAAAGCAAGGUCGAGGAAGUCAGUUUACAUCAAAAGAAGAGAGAGAUAAAUGGAUUAAAAAAGAACUGAAAUCCUUAGAUCAAGCCAUCAAUGACAAGAAACGGCAGAUUGCUGCUAUACAUAAAGAUUUAGAAGACACGGAGGCUAACAAAGAGAAGAAUCUGGAGCAGUAUAGUAAACUGGAUCAGGAUCUUAAUGAAGUGAAAGCUCGUGUUGAAGAACUGGACAGAAAAUACUAUGAAGUGAAGAACAAAAAAGAUGAACUACAGAGUGAGAGAAAUUACUUGUGGAGAGAAGAGAAUGCAGAACAGCAAGCUCUUGCUGCAAAACGGGAGGACUUGGAAAAGAAACAGCAGCUUCUUAGAGCAGCAACAGGAAAGGCUAUUCUAAAUGGCAUUGACAGCAUAAACAAAGUCUUGGAGCAUUUCCGUCGCAAAGGCAUUAACCAACAUGUUCAGAAUGGCUAUCAUGGAAUAGUAAUGAAUAACUUUGAGUGUGAGCCUGCUUUCUACACCUGUGUUGAAGUUACUGCAGGAAACAGGCUUUUUUAUCAUAUUGUAGAUUCUGAUGAAGUUAGUACUAAGAUAUUAAUGGAGUUCAAUAAAAUGAAUCUACCUGGAGAAGUAACUUUUCUGCCUCUGAACAAGCUGGAUGUUAGAGAUACUGCAUACCCUGAAACCAAUGAUGCUAUUCCUAUGAUCAGUAAACUAAGAUACAAUCCAAGAUUUGAUAAAGCCUUCAAGCAUGUUUUUGGAAAGACUCUUAUUUGUCGUAGUAUGGAAGUGUCUACCCAGCUGGCCAGAGCUUUUACCAUGGAUUGUAUUACUCUGGAAGGUGAUCAAGUCAGCCACCGAGGAGCUUUGACUGGGGGUUAUUAUGACACAAGAAAGUCUCGACUUGAACUGCAGAAAGAUGUAAGAAAGGUGGAAGAAGAACUAGGAGAACUUGAAGCAAAGCUCAAUGAAAACCUGCGAAGAAACAUUGAAAGGAUUAAUAAUGAAAUUGACCAGCUAAUGAAUCAGAUGCAGCAGAUUGAAACCCAACAAAGAAAAUUCAAAGCUUCCAGAGACAGCAUCUUAUCAGAGAUGAAAAUGCUGAAAGAGAAGAGACAGCAGUCAGAGAAAACAUUUAUGCCUAAGCAACGCAGCUUACAAAGUUUGGAGGCAAGUUUACAUGCCAUGGAAUCAACCCGGGAGUCUUUAAAAGCAGAACUGGGAACAGACCUGUUGUCGCAGCUCAGUUUGGAGGACCAGAAGCGAGUUGAUGCACUUAAUGAUGAGAUCCGACAGCUACAGCAAGAAAACAGACAGCUUUUGAAUGAAAGAAUCAAACUUGAGGGGAUAAUCACACGAGUCGAGACUUAUCUCAAUGAGAAUUUGAGAAAGCGCUUAGACCAAGUUGAACAAGAGCUGAAUGAGCUGAGAGAGACAGAAGGUGGCACUGUUCUUACAGCAACAACAUCAGAGCUUGAGGCUAUCAACAAACGAGUGAAAGAUACUCUGGCACGCUCAGAAGAUCUGGACAAUUCAAUUGAUAAAACAGAAGCAGGAAUAAAAGAACUCCAAAAGAGCAUGGAGCGCUGGAAGAACAUGGAGAAAGAGCACAUGGAUGCUAUUAAUCAUGACACAAAAGAGCUUGAAAAAAUGACCAACCGGCAAGGCAUGCUUCUGAAGAAGAAGGAGGAAUGUAUGAAGAAAAUCAGGGAAUUGGGAUCACUUCCCCAGGAAGCGUUUGAAAAAUACCAGACUUUGAGCCUGAAGCAGCUAUUUCGCAAACUGGAACAAUGCAACACAGAACUGAAAAAAUACAGUCAUGUCAAUAAAAAAGCUCUAGAUCAGUUUGUGAACUUCUCAGAGCAGAAGGAGAAGUUGAUAAAACGUCAAGAAGAGUUGGACAGGGGCUACAAGUCAAUCAUGGAGUUGAUGAAUGUCCUUGAACUCAGAAAAUAUGAAGCUAUCCAGCUGACUUUCAAACAGGUCUCAAAGAACUUCAGUGAAGUCUUUCAGAAGCUGGUGCCUGGGGGGAAAGCUACACUCGUGAUGAAGAAAGGUGAUGUGGAAGGCAGCCAAUCUCAAGAUGAAGGUGAAGGUGGUGCUGAGAGUGAAAAGGGAUCAGGAUCUCAAAGUAGUGUUCCUUCUGUAGACCAGUUCACUGGAGUUGGGAUUAGGGUGUCAUUUACUGGCAAACAAGGUGAAAUGAGAGAGAUGCAGCAGCUUUCUGGUGGACAGAAGUCGCUUGUGGCUCUAGCCUUAAUUUUUGCUAUCCAGAAAUGUGACCCAGCGCCGUUUUACCUCUUUGAUGAAAUCGAUCAAGCCCUAGAUGCCCAGCAUAGAAAGGCAGUUUCAGAUAUGAUCAUGGAAUUGGCAGAACAUGCUCAGUUUAUUACCACAACUUUCAGGCCGGAACUGCUUGAGUCUGCUGAUAAAUUUUAUGGUGUAAAAUUCAGAAAUAAGGUCAGUCAUAUUGAUGUGAUCACAGCAGAGAUGGCCAAAGACUUUGUGGAAGAUGAUACUACUCAUGGCUAAGUGGCAGAGAGCAUUCAGCCUGUUGGGAAAGUCUGUAAAAUAUUUGUUUCUACACUGGGCAGCUGUGUAAAAUCUGAAAUACAUUGUGACUGUUCAAAAGCUAUUUUAACAUAGGUUAAUGGAGCAUCUGAAUAUUAUGACUUCUGUAUACAUUGGAUUCCAUUUUACAUAUGUGCUGUUAAAUUCUUUUAUAAAAUACCUGUUAAUUUUACCUUCAUACUAUACCUGCAGCUUGGAAAAUGUAUUUUAAUGUGUCUUUUUUGCUGUUUUAACUUUUUGGAGUUUUAAAUGUCAGUUCUUCCUUCGCAGUGACAAUUUUAAUGUUUAUACUGCCUCACAUGGUUUUUUAAAAUAGCUUCAAUAAAAUAAUUGUUUUUAAUGCUGUAAUUUAGAUACAUGUUCUUGAUACUGGGAACUGCUAUACUGUCUACUAUCACUUCAUGUACAAUGCAGUUUGUUUAUGUGUAUGGAGAUCAAUAUUUGGCAAUAGAGCUGAGAUGAAUUUACUCCUGGCUUGUAGGUCACUGGCUUUUUAGAUGCCAUGAAAGGUUACAGAGAUUGGUUGUAGAUCUUUAUGUAAGCUUCUGCUUGUCAUUUAUGGGCUUCAGUGCCUCACAAUCAGAUAGGUUUUGUAUUCUGUCAUCUUUACUCUUUUUAUAGCUUAGGAAUUCAUGCAACUCUGAACACCUAUCCUGCUCCACUUCAAGUUAGUUAUAAUGCACAGCAUCUUCUGGUUAAAUGAAACAACUCACAUUUCUACCGUUUUGAUUGCUAGACAGCAUGGGAUGGAAAAAUUUGAUUCUACAUAAUUUGAUGUAUUAGUGCAACAUACUUACUCUACAGAUGUUUUACAACAGGUGUGGGGAAACUUUGGCCUUCCAGUUAUUAUUGAAUUACAACUCCCAUCAGUGCUAGCGAAGUUGUCCAACGGCCAGGGAUUAUGAAAGUUGUAGUUCAGCAGCAACUGGGUCAUUCAUAUAGAUUCUCCCACAAAUUAUAUCUAAGAUUAAAAUCAUGAGUUAUCCCAAUCUAUGAGUGACUCCACAAGUAUGUCACCUCCUUUCAGGUUUCAGUAUAGCCAUGUCAAAGAGAGAUAAGUUUACAUCCUUCACACAUGAUAUCAUUGCAGAAGUGGAGCACUCUGGAGAACAAGACUUAUGUGAGAAUUUACCGUACCUCAAAGUACCUUCCUUGAUAAUCUUCAAUUGUGCAAAGCAAGCAAGCAAACAAAAACAAAAACCCAUUCAGAUGCAUUAGCUGUGCUGCAUUAGCAGGAAAAAGAUAUUAGUUUGGUUUAAUACUGACCCCCUCCCCUAGUAAUUUCGGAUUGUAGCCAAGAAAUGUAGGAUUAGUUCCAUGUUUAUGUCUGACUAGAUUCAGAUGGGGAUCCAAAAUAUAUUAUUUGCUAUUGGCAGAGCCAAACUAGCAGCUGGUGGCAUUGUAAAAUAAAACUUUUAGAAUGCCAAGCCAGGGAUGCAAGCCAAGGCUUCAUUUAGUGUUGCUCAAGUAAACAAUCUCUUAAUACUUCAAAGUGUUUUUAAAAUCUGCAUAGGUUUACUUUCUUUUUUACAAAAUACAGCUUUUAAGGAGCAGUAAAUACUUUUUUAAAAAUAAAUUGCAUUGUUGAAGCUGUUGCACGAUAAAAACAUUUUCCCUUAGUGUCACUAUUGUAUCAGAUUCAGAUUAGGCAUUAGCACGCGGCAUUCUUGGCAGGUGAGCAGCCACCCCACCCCACCUGCUCAACAUGUUUUAAUUUGUUUUAAACUGUUUUUCAUGUUGUAUUUUAAAUUGUUGUAACCUGCCCUCAUCCUUAUAGGUGAAAAAAUUUAUUAUUAAUAAUAAUAAAAAAUAAAAGUCAGAAAGCUGUGUUUGGGCUUUGUAAGAUAACAGCAUUACAGUUAGGUCCUUUCCAAAGAACACGAAACAAGGGUAAGCACUGCAAUUCUGGAAUUUCUUACUUCUUGGAAUAUAGUGAGGUGAGCCCAAUAGUAUUUUCAAAUCUUCUCCAUUCUUUUGUGAAACAGGGGGCAGGGGACAUUCCUAUUAUCAGGAGCAGAUAAUAUAUAAUAACUUCACCUCAACUCAGAAUCUGUGGAUUCUGCUCGAAAAUUCUCCAGGUUUUUACAUGUUCUCUGAAUAUUUGAUAAUGAGCUGGUUCCCCCAUACUAGUACAGUAUUUGGUUAAUACACAAUGGAUGGUUUUUAGUAUUGACAAGUGUUAGUUGUUACACAAUGGUUUAUCAUCCUUGUUUUCAGUCUCUUGGUCAUCAGGGAUUCAUUUCCACAUCUGCCAAGGAUUCCCUGCAUAUCUGGUCACAGAAGUCUUGUACACCACACAGACUUCUAGUGCAUGCCUUAGGAGAGGUGCAGGGGAACUUGUAGCCCUCCAGAUUGGUUGGAUUACAACUACCAUUCCUGUCAAUUGGCUGUGCUGAUUGGGGCUGAUGGGAGCUGGAGUGGGCACAGAUUCUAUAUCCAAGUUCUAGAAGUACUGAUUGUGGAGCAGAACACAUCCAAUUUUAAUGUUGGUGGACAAACUAAUUUCAGACAUGAGAUUAAUUGAACCUGGCAGGCAUAAAGUGUGCAUUCUACCACUGAGCUGUGGCCCCUAUCCUCCUGGUAGGCUUAAUUAGUUAUAGAAUCUGAUUUCAAUGCCAGGGCUGAAUCCUAGAAUGGAUGUGCAGAACUUCUCGACACUUGAUUAUGGAUAGGCAAAUCUCUCAAUCUUUGUUUCUCUCUGUUUUCUCAUUUUUCAAAGCUUAAAUUCCAUUCUCCACAUUUCCACUUUACUGUGUGAAUCUUAUUCAAAACCCUCAUGAAAACCCAUCAUUUUAGCAUGAUACUUGAUUGUAUCCAGUUUUCCCUAAUACAUUUUUGUAAAGCAAUUUCCCAUAAUAAAUACAUUUUAAAGCACACUUUACCCCCAGAAGAUGCAUUUUUGCAACAUUACAGACCUGCAUUGCAAAAUUCAGAGGUCAAAUUUGAAGGAUGGCUGUGUUUUGGUUCUUUUAUUGUUUUUGAAAGUGUGAAUUUGCUGAAUUCUCCUUUAAAUGCAAACAAUCAAAUCCCCCACCCCAUCUCUACGACUAACCAAUUUAGUGUUUUGUUUUAUUUUGUUCUGAAAAAAAGCAUGCUAAACUGCAUCCCUUCCUCAUCUAAUUGAUUGGCUGAGAAGUGUGUGGUAACAGCAUAUUUCAGCAUCAUUGGGGAGUUCUCAGUGUAGCUUCUAGUUUCCUUUUUGAUGCCAUAUCCACUCCUCAAGUACGGUAUCCUGGAUUCAGUAUCUUCAGAUCCCACCCUGGACCGGGGAAGAAUAUAAUUUUCCAUCAGUCAGCUCCUGCUACUCCCAAAUUCCAAGCAACCACCAACACAACAGGCUCUAUUUUGUGAAGUGGGCUGCUGGAGCACAAGGAGGAGGAGAUCAGUUGGAGUGGGUGUUAUUUUAAUGGAAAGACAGUGGGCCCUGGUACCAUUCUUGGGCUUAGCUUGUGUCCAGAGGUCCCCCGUUUCUCAGUUCUGUGGCCCUGCCUAUUGGACUUGAUCAGGCAAGGCCUUCUUCCACCUGCCUUGCCCCACCCUCCAGUCUCUGCUGCUCAAUUUGUAUUGUAUUAUUUUAUGCACUGUGGCAUGCCGUUGUUUUAUUGAUUGUAGUUUCGAAAUUAUAAUCGUUAAGAGU